CAUUUGGUGAAAGAAUGCAGUUUUCGAUUUAUAUUUCCCAUGUUAAGAAAAACUUUAGAAGACCUCUUAAAUUAACACUACCAUUAAUAUGUGUAAGAAAAUAAACCUAUUAGAAAGUGUAUAUAAAUAGUGCCCACGUAAAGUCGUUUUCAAAUAUGCCAGAAGAACAGAAAGAUUCAGAUACUCGUGUUCCAUCGACAGUGCAGCAAGUUAAAGUUAAGCAAGAGAAAUUCGAUCCGGAGAUUGAAGCAAAAAUUAAUGCAAUCUCCAUAGCAAAUGUAGUAGUCAAGUCUGAAUUUGAUAAGGAAAGGAAAAAUUCACAGCUAGAUAUCGAAUAUGAAUUUGAAAAAAAUGAGAAAAGUGAAAAUGAGAGUGAAUAUGGCGACGGCAAUGACGGUAAAAGUGUCGACGACAAUGGUGAUGAAAAUGACAAUAAAUAUGGGUGUAAUGAUGGUGAUUCUAAUAUGACAGGGGCGAGUCUCGAUGAAGAUAAAAAAUCUAUUGCCCCAGUAAAAUCGUCAAACGAGAUACUCGCAGAGCUCUUUAAGGUAUUCAACGCUGCACCACCUGAGGAAUUAUUGGAUGAUGAAAGCCUCUUGAAGAAAAAUCAUAAACAUAAAAAGGACAAGAAAGAAAAGAAAAAAAAAGUAAAACGAGUAAAGGGUGUGUUGGAAGAUGAGCGAAAUGACAGUGAAAGUAAUGAAUCGAUUGUUCCUGCUGAUGGUAAGGAAAAGAAGUAUAAACAUAAACACAAGAAGAAAAAGAAACACAAACAUAAAGAUGAAAAGGACAAAGAACGGGAUAAAAACAAAGAUAAAGGUAAGAAGGACAAAGACAAAUCCAAAGACAGGCUAAAAAGCAAAGAGAAGUCAGUUGAAAAGUAUAAAGUCAACUCGAGAAAGUCAACCCCGCCAAGAAGCGCUAAAACUGAGCUGGAGGUUGAUCGUCGUAAUAACAAAUCACGCAAAAGACAUAUCGAUUCAGAUAGUUAUACUGAUCCAGUUUCGGUAAAGAAGAGUCGUAGCGCAGAUGGUCCGAAUCCCUUUCGUAGCUAUCCGAGAGACUGUAGACACGAAAAUGAUAAACAUAAUGAAAGAGAUCGUCCAAAUGACAAGCAUAGAGAUAAAGAUCUUGAGAAAGAUAAGGACAAAGAAAAAGUAAAGGAUCGUAAACAUAAUAGUUUUUACAAUGGUUGUCCCGAAUAUGAAUCGUCAAAGAAGGCAGUAAAAAUCAAAGAGGAGCCUAAGGACAUAACGCACAAACGUGGCAAUUACGACGGACAUAUUUCCGAAAUUUCACUUUCUGAUGAUGAGGAAGAUUAUCUGAAGGAGAGUCAUGUCAGCACGGAGUCGAAGAAUCAUCACAUCAACGAACGGCCACACAAUAGUUUCUACGCGGGAUUGAAGCGUAGUCGGAGCCGAGAUCAAGAUAGAGAUCGUAACCGUGAUCGUGAACGAGAGCGCGAAAGAAACUACCGCGGGGACGGACGAAGCCACAUCAAGCGCCCCAGCCGCAGCCGCGGUCGUUCGCGCUCCCGUUCACGUGAUUUAGGUAUCGACAAGAAACGACUACUCGAAAUAGCACGUAAAAAUGCCAUCAGUAUGUUCAAACGCGGGAACUUACCCGGCUGUGACGGCAUGUCACAGGAAGUGAAGGACAAAGUAUUGCUAAAAAUGCGCUACGGCGGCAAGACUGUGCAGGAUCUUACGGAUUUUUGUAAAAAAAUUUCAAACGGCGAAAAUCUAUCAGAUCUCAGCUCCGACGAAGAUUCCGACGUUGAUAAAAGUGGUAAUACGAAAGCAUUUCAUCAUCCCUUCCAGCUAAAAGAACGCGAGCCUAUCGUCAUGCACAUACGGAAUGCCGCAACAUUGCCGGUACGACCAACGUCAACCGAUCAGGUGAAGGCCAUAACGAUGCAGUUUCCUGUUUCGUCCGGACAGCAGCAUCGAAUGACUGAAGGAUGGGUGCCCGUGGUACCAAAAGAUAAUUUACCACCGUUACCAGCAUUGCCGACUGCUGCACAAGCAACUACCAUAUUUAAGCCGGGUGUCGUUAAGAAUGUCUUUGAGAAGUCCAUACCAGAAGAGCAACAAAAACCAGCAUUCAAACAGGUACAACCAGCGUCUACAAGUGGUAGUGCCGAAACUAAUGGUGCUUUGCCAAAUGAGAAUGGAGAAGCUGCAGUGGCACCCACAAUGUUACCCACGACGUCACCUAUAACGUUACCUACAACGUUACCUACACCGGUACUACUACCACCACCUGCGGCUAAACCUAACAUAGAUACAUCAAUCGCCAGUAAACCAUUCUUUUCUGUGCCGCAACAGAGUGUAGCUGUUGGAGGGCCUCAACCUAUGGUGAGUUAUUCACCAACAAUGGCAGCUCUCUUACCACCGUUAACUGUGCCACCGCCAACAAUGCAACAGGCUUUUGUGCCUGAUGUACCUGUUCCAUCAAGCACAGAUGCUAUGGGUGUGGUCAACAGUGUAUUUCCCAACCAAUAUGGACCACAAAUGGACGUGUCUAGUAUUAUAUCGAAACGCUUGCUAGCAAUGCGACGACUACAGGAAAAUCCUAUGGACCCAGAAGCUAUUAAAAUGAUGUAUAAUUCUCAGAAAGACAUGACUUCGUGGGUCUCAUCAAAACAUUUACCCGGUCAAUUUACAGGUAGCACAGGUGCUAAUGUACUUUCAAUGCGUGAAUUGAGUUCUGGACCACAGGCGUGGGCGCGCCGAGAUCAGCUAAUCACCUCACGUCCGGUUAGUGGUGGCAUGGGCAUGCAAUUGCUACAAAAAAUGGGUUGGAAACCGGGAGAAGGUUUGGGUCGUGAUAAAACAGGAUCUUUACAGCCGCUGCUGCUUGACGUGAAAUUGGACAAGCAUGGUUUGGUCGCGCGUGAAGACAAUACCGCUUACAAACAAAAGUUGUGUAAAAAACAGCGGCCUCAAAACGAUGUACAACAACAACAAGCGCUAUUGGAAAAACAUCCAGUUUGUCUGCUGAAUGAAUUAACAUCGAAACGAAAGUGGACGCCACCGCUGUAUACACUUGUGAACGAAGCUGGACCAUCGCACAGCAGAAUGUUCUUAUUCUCCGUAUCUAUAAAUGGGCACACUUAUACACCGUCUCAGGGCUCAAAUACGAAAAAAGAAGCCAAAUUGAUUUCCGCGCGCCAUUGUUUACAACAAAUGGGAAUCUUACCAAUGUAGUUUAAAGUGAUUUUUUUAUGGUAUGCAUGCCGGUCAGUCACUAUAAUCCGCGUGCUUUAUUGAUCUAAUUUAUUUUAUAUUAAAAAUAUAUCAUAGGAGUUGAAUUGAUUGAAAUAUUGAAUUUAAUUACAAUCGAGUACGUACAUACUUAAUUCCAUUAUAAAUGUGAAACUCUGUGAAACGAAGUGAACGCACUUAUAGUUAAACUAGCAGCUAGUGAUAUGAAUAAAGCUGUAUGUAAAUAAAUAAAUAAAUUUUUUCAGUCGAAACUUUA